CCUGGGGGGCACCCCUUCGGAACCCCUUUCUCAGGCGCGCGCUCUCCGCUGGAAGAGGCGCAGAGAGACACUUUCCGGGCAAUUUUAAGUGUGCGGGAGGCUGGCUGGGGGGCUCCUCCGGUCCCAACGCCCGAGGCUCGGAAAAGAGAGUUGGCGGAGGGAGCGGACUACGUGCCGGGCCAUGGCCUAGGCCCUUCGGCCCCGGCCCCGGCCCCGGCCGCAAUGACCUCUUUGCCCUGCCCCCUCCCUGGCCGGGACGCCUCCAAAGCCAUCUUCCCGGACAUCGCCCCUGUCCCAUCGGUAGUGGCUACCUACCCGCUUGGCCUGUCCCCCGCAAACGCAGUUGCCUCCGAUUUGCCCUACUCUGGGCCUUAUGGCCACCUCCUGCCCUACUCCUACACCGCGCCGGCGACCCCGGGAGACUCCUACCUGCCCUGCCAGCAACCGGCGGCGCCCUCUCAGCAGGAGCCCAAGGCAGACUCGGAGAAGCCGCCGUUGUCCCCGGAGCCCUCGGAGCAGCGCCCGCAGGCCCCGACCAAGAAGCUCCGCAAGCCGAGGACUAUCUAUUCGAGCCUGCAGCUGCAGCACCUGAACCAGCGUUUCCAGCACACGCAGUACCUGGCGCUGCCCGAGAGGGCCCAGCUGGCCGCGCAGCUCGGCCUCACCCAGACCCAGGUAAAGAUCUGGUUUCAAAAUAAACGUUCCAAAUACAAGAAGCUCCUGAAGCAGAACUCUGGAGGACAGGAAGGGGACUUCCCUGGGAGACCCCCAUCCUUAUCUCCCUGCUCCCCACCCCUUCCAUCCCUCUGGGAUCUGCCCAAGGCAGGGGCUCUGCCCACCGGUGGUGGCUACAGCAACAGCUUUGGAGCCUGGUACCAGCAUCACUCCCCAGAUGUCCUGGCUCCUCCUCAGAUGAUGUGAGUCCCAGGAAGGGUGGGUCAGGGGGGAACCCCUGUCCUCCACAAAACCCAAGACCCAGCACAUUUGCACCCUUUCUGGUCCGGGAGGAAACUAGCUCCAGAUGGAUUUUCUCAAGAGCAAGAGGAGUUGGAGAAGGACAAGAAUGGGGAGGAGUCCUGUCUCCCUUGCCUUGUAACCCAAACACCCUACCUAAUCAAGAACUUUGGUCUGAAGCACCGCCCCCCACCAAUACUGUGGACUGGACACCUUCCUUCCAGCUGAUCAGAGGCUCUGGAGGGAGAGUCACUGGCUGAAGCUCAGACUCCUCCCAGGACCCUUAGUCUUCCCAAUGCUUCUUUGGACUGCAGUCUACCACUGCCUGGAGGCAAAAAAAAAACGAGAAACACUUGAGUAUUUGUUCCUCUCCGUGUGCCUUGGGCCUCUCCCAAGGCACACGGAGCAAAAGCAGAAGCGAAGUGGGCAUCCAGAGUCUUCAUACUGAGCACCAUCAGGUCUCUCCCCUCCCCCACCGAGUUUUCCUGGAGGUGGGCACAUGACCCCCGUGACUGAUACACCUCCUCACCAUCUUGUGAGCUAGAAGAGAUGCUGAAAAGGUGGAGUUUGUGGAUCUAUGGGUAAUUUUUGCUCUUCUAAAAAAAAAGCCUUUUUCUCAUGUCUAUUCAGUUUUGGUAGAUAACAGAUCCAAUUAUCUUUAUAAUUCAACGGGUAUUUAUUAAGAGCCUGUCCUCUCCUUUCCCAACCCUUAGUACCUAACAACCCCAUAUGCACACCCUCUUGUGAACCCAGUAGGGUAACAUUUUGGGGAGAAUGGGGGACAACUGACUCUCUGGAUGAGUGUAAGUAGAGACACCCCUUAGGGAGGGUGGGCUGGCAGUUCAGCUCCUCACAGUUGCCUCUGUCCAAAGGAACUGCUCCUAUUUAUAACCCAUUUAGUGUUCCCCACACUGUGAGCUUUCAGAGAUUAAACCUGUACAAAAACCUGG